AUGGCGCCGGAGACGAGGAGCGGGAGGGCGAGGGAGCCGCGCGCAUCGGAGACCGCGUCGCCGCCGCUGCCGCCGCCGCAGCGCCCUCGGCUCACGCGCGCCGGAAGCCGGGGGGAUGCGCCGACCCGUGGCCGCUCCGGCCAGGUUAAUAAGGAUGUCGAGAGCAGAUUACCAGAUUUGGCAAGUUCGGUACAAAAUGAUGUUGUGCAGUUAAAGGCAGCGACCGGAAAGGACGAGGGAGGCACGCCCAUCCAAGAUCCUGUUGUCGUCGUUCCGCGGAUGACGAGAAGGAGGGCGAGGGAGGCAUGCCCGUCAGAGACCGCGUUGCCAUCGUUGCAGCGCACUCGACUCACACGCGGCGGAACCAGGGGGGAGGCCCUGACCAGUGGCCGCUCCGAUAUGUCUGGAAACGACUCCGCCGCAGCCUCUUCUUCACGGACGAUAAGCGCGAGCGAUGAGGCUGUAGAACCAUCCACUGUUUAUGAUGAGUCUGGCACCGCCACAAAUCCUGAAGAUGCGACCGAUCGCGACGAAGGGACCGGCCAAGGGGACCAGGCAGCUGGACAACCUAAAAAGCAACGGAAACCUAGGCGCCGAAACAUGCUUGGCACCGAUAGGAUUGUUAUCAACCGAGUGUCUGAGGUGGGUCUACCUCUUAGUCCCAAGAAGGCCGAACAAGGUUACAGUAAUGGCCUAGGCUGCAUCCUUCGCGAAACCGUGAGCAUUAAUGAAACCAAUCUCCGGUCGAAAGCCAACGAGAAUUUGCGAGCACUCCUCAUAUCGAAGUUGCACACUCAUUACAAGUUCCCGGAUGAGUCCCUAGACGAGACCACUCCGGUAAAUAACACAGCCCUCUGCAAGUGGACCAAGCUUUUGAGUACAUGGAAAUCCAAAGCCAAAAGUGAAUACCUUGAGAAAGAUUACGAAACCGAGAUAAAAAAGAAGUGGCCUUCGGUUUCUGAGGAGGACUGGAACCUGUUCAAGCAGCACUGCGAGACCCCUGAAGUCAAGGAGAUGGAAAAAUGGGGGAAGGAAAUGCGGGCAAGGAACAUUGGUAACCACACCCUUGGAAGCCGUGGUUACCCAGGGAAGAAGCCGAAGUGGGACAAGCAGGACGCUGAGUUUGCUGCAGCAGGCAUACCAAACCCCUUCAAGGAAUUUGAAAACCCGCGUGAAAAUGAUUACAUCAGGGGCCGGUGCAAAUAUGAUGAAGCGACUAAGACAUGGGUCUUGGACGAGAAAACGGCGAAAGUCAAGGAACUCCUGAGGCAGUAUCAUGUCGAAUCUCAAAGCUCCCAGGAGUCAGAGUCCUCGGCAAGGUGGGACGACCCUCUGAACAGGUCGAUCAACGUGGUGCUCGGCAAGGACCCGAAAACGAGGCCGGCUUAUGGUCGUGUGAACGGCGUCGGGCUCAACGAAAAAUGGGACAGGCAUUAUCCCGAAGACCGCGAGCUUGCAAGGCAGAGAAGGAGAGCCGGCCGAGCUAGUUUCGAAUCCAGAUUGGCUGGAAUGAGAGAAGAACUUAAAGAAGAAAUGAGAGAGGAAGUCGAGGUGAAAGCCAAAGCCAUGGCGACAGCCCAAGUCAUGGAAAUGUGGCCUGAUCUAAUUGAGGCCGUCAAGCAAAGUUUAGCAUCGGGGCAAACAGCACCACCAUCAUCCACUGUCACGUUGGCGCCGGCCAAUGUCAUUUUGGAGAAAGAGCCGCAUCCUGGUGCACAUCAUAGCAGCCACUCUGUCCCUUUCAUGGGCUAG